AGUGUCGUAGACAAUCUGCGUGUGUGUGUGUGUUUGUGUGUCUCAGUGGGACGUAUCCGGUCAUUAAGCGUGUACUUUGCCCUCUAUGCCCCCGUACCGUUCCCUAUGCGGCGCCAAUAUAUAGGCGUGUCCGAUCGGUUUGCGUUAUCUUAUCGGUGGAGAGUUGAAUUUUAAAACUUGCAUUAUCUUUGCAGCUGUGCCGGCAUUAAGCUCUGGUGGCACGUCGCGUGUGUAAACUUUGCCCCCUUUUUUAUGCAGAACCGAAAGAACACGUGUAACAGCCGGGGGAAGCGAGGGUUGACACUUGCAUAGAGCACUUUUUUUUUUUAAUUUCACAUCCUCGACAAGAAAGUAGCGCUGUGAGUGAAUGUUGGUAUGACGUGAACAAGGUCACACCACUCCCCCUUGUGUGAGCUUUUUACUUUUUGAUGCGGUGGCCACCGUGAUUCGCCACACGUCGUCGAAUGGCGCUUUGGAGGCUCGUCCUCGCUUUGGAUGUGUUUGUUUUGCGCUGGUGUAAAUGACGUAUACAACUGUGUGGUAAGCCCAGUGUACAAAGCCACUGUUUAGGCUGCUGUUAAGGCAAUGACAGGUCCAUAACAAACUGUUGCUUUGGUUUGGCUCCCAUUGAAAAGUGGGUCUCUCUAUUAUACUGCUGAUUUUUUUUUUUUUCAUCAAAUAAUGUUUCAAGCUUCGUGCAUCAAAAUGAUGCGAUUUCAGCGCUCAUGUCUUGUUACGGCCUUAACAGCGCCAUACAACCUUCUUUUGUCAGCUGGGUCCGCAUCACCACCGCAGUGACGUCGGAGGUUAGCUGAACUGUAAAGCGUACAGCAAAUGUGAAUGAUGCAGAAUGAAUGUUACUUUUCUUACCGAUAAUAGUGAAAAAGUCACGUCAUUGUUUGCACCACUCUCUCCUUAUUUAUUUCUUUUUCCACAAUUUAAAAAUACAAUCCAUUGAUUUAACGCACCAUACAAACACGGGCCCUUGGCCCGUUUGUUGGCCCGUACUUGACAUGCGUGCGUCAGUGUGUGAUGUAUGUAUGUGUAUGUGUUUUUCUUCGGGCUUUUCCACGGCUUUCUCAGCGUGGCUGUCAACGUGCGUGGUGCGAUUCUGGUGGAACCCGAACCAACUUGGCCAGAACCGAGAUCCGGCGCCCGCUCUCUGCCUGCCUGCCUGCCUGCCUGUCUGGCCGUCGGCAUAAUUGCGGCAAAAACCGGAACCGGCGACGGCGGCUGCUGCGAUAAUCGGUGUUGUCGGUGGUGGUCAACACGUCACAGCAGUGUGUCUCUACCACCGCACCGCCAAAACUGUGUGUUUGUGUGUGUGUGUGUGUGUGUGUGUGUGUGUUUGUGUUUGCUUAGGGAGGGGAGAAAAGGUGAUAAAACCGUCACGAUCAUCGGUUGAGCGCGCCAAGCCGGUUUGGGAUUUGGGUUUGCCGCUAGUGCGACGGCCGAUCAGUGCAGACGGUAGUGGGGAAGGGACGGGUGACAUGUGUUUGUUUCGAUUACGCGGCCGGUUUUUGCACUGAAGGAAUGUCGUUUUCGCGAGCAAGCUGACUCAGCUCAGUCUAGCGCGGACAUGCGGCACGGUCGCCUCGGUUGAGCAGUGCGGUGCAUCAUCAUGAUAACGUGGACGAGGUGAUGAUAAUUUUCCUACACUCGACAGACACACCUUCUUGGCAGGGUUCUUCGCUGUGCGCUGCACAACACCACACGUGCAGCACGCGGAGAAGCAACGUCGUCGUCAUCGUCGUCGGAGAGUGACAUAAUGCAACGUGCGAACUUACGAGCAGAAGCGGUCUCCGAUACAUAACGCGUUUGUGUGUGCUAGAACGGCCGAUACGGGGUGCGAGUUGACCGACCGGACGAAACACAGCUCUACCGAGAGAAAGAAAGAGUGACAGAGAGCUAGCACAGGGAGAAGGCGAAAGAAGCGGCACACCAGACAGUAGUGAUUCGGACGACGGCAUGGCCUCCUUGGAGCGCAGCAAGCUGAUCGGUGUGAUCGAUGCGGGCACCAACAGUGUGCGAUUUGUGAUCUUCAAAUUGCCCGAGUUCGAGGAGAUUGCAUCGCACCAGAUCCGCAUUACGCAGAUAGUGCCGCGCGAUGGCUGGACCGAGCACAACCCGGUGGAGGUGCUGGAAGCGGUACGGCUCUGCGCGGUCGAGGCAUGCCAUCAGGUGGAAAAGCUCGGCUUUCUCGUGAAGGAUAUCGCUGCCAUCGGUAUCACGAACCAGCGCGAAACGACCGUCGUGUGGGACAAGAACACGGGCGAACCGCUUUACAAUGCCAUCGUAUGGAACGAUAUACGCACGGACAAAACGGUGGACCGGGUGUUGGCCCGCCUGCCCGAGCAAAACCACAACCACUUCCGUGCGCUGUCCGGGCUGCCGAUCUCGCCGUACUUCUCCGCCCUCAAGCUGAACUGGCUGAAGGACAACGUGGUGGCGGUGCGGAAGGCGUGCCGGGAGCGGCGCUGCUAUGCCGGCACGAUCGACACGUGGCUGGUGUGGAAUCUGACCGGUGGGCCGCAGGGCGGCGCGUUCGUGACGGACGUAACGAACGCGUCGCGCACGCUGCUGAUGAACAUCGAGACGCUGCACUGGGACCCGCUGCUGACGAAAACGUUCUCGGUGCAUCCGGACAUGCUGCCGGAGAUACGCAGCUCGUCCGAGGUUUACGGCAAGGUGAAGGAUAGCAGCGUGCUGGACGGCAUACCGAUCAGUGCGAUCCUGGGCAACCAGCAGGCGAGCUUGGUCGGGCAGCGGUGCUUGAAGGAGGGCCAGGCGAAGAACACGUACCGGAAGGGAUGCUUUCUGCUGUACAACACGGGCACUAGGUGCGUGCAAUCCACACACGGCCUGGUGACGACGGUGGCGUACCAGAUGGGACGAAACGCGCCACCGAUCUACGCGCUGGAAGGUUCGGUAGCGGUCGCCGGCGUGGCCAUGAACUGGCUGCGCGACAACCUGAAAAUCAUCAAGGACAUUAAAGAUUCCGAAGAGAUCGCUGGCAGCGUGUCAUCGACGGGCGAUGUCUACUUUGUACCUGCAUUCACCGGCCUGUACGCCCCCUACUGGCGAAAGGACGCGCGAGGCAUAUUUUGUGGUUUGACCAGUUUCACUACCAAGCAUCAUUUCGUGCGGGCCGCCUUGGAGGCGGUCUGCUUCCAGACGCGCGACAUUAUCGAGGCGAUGAAGAAGGACUGCGGCAUAAACCUUAACAAGCUCCACACGGACGGUAUCAUGGCGAGCAACAGCCUUCUAAUGCAGCUGCAGGCGGAUCUGAGCGGCAUUCCUGUGUUGAGGACGGAGGUGCACGAACCGGCUGCUCUCGGGACGGCGAUGGCCGCUGCACAGGCGAACGGGGUGGAUCUGUACAAGCUGGAGGCGGAAAUCCGUGGCUACGCAGGUGUUCAAUCGCACCAUGAAACAUUCCUUCCGACCACCACCGAGGAGGAACGGAACGCUCGGUACACCAAGUGGAAAAUGGCAGUUCAGCGAAGUUUGGGCUGGGCAGUUUCGAAGAAGAGUGAAGCGAUGACGGAUGAACGCUACAGCUUGCUUGCUUCGAUACCGGCCGGUCUGUUCCUGGCCACGACCUUCCUGAUGUUGGUUCACUCGCAACGGCGGUGAUUAGGUGCAGCGACCGACACAAAGGCGACAUACAACGAGCAGGCGUAUGUCGACCUGCUUUCAACUAGUCUGCUAAACCCGUUAACAAUUCAGUUUCGGAUACGUUCCGUACACAUUCGUCGCGAUAAAAGACAGGACCACAAUGGCCGAAGCGCUAUAUGUCCAGGUGCUAUAGCUAGCUUAGAUGCUGCAACCUUGCAAAACGUUGCUGCUGUUGUUGAAAGCUACUCAGGAAAAAGUUUAUAUGGUAAAACAAGGCCCGUUCUCAAAAGGUGCUACUUUUGACAUCCCUUUUGUUCCGUAGAAUGUGCUUGUGCGUGUACCCGCUCACUAGUGGGUAAGAAAGUAACAGAGAGACAAAGUAGGUUGCUGUGACAAACGAUUCGCUCAACAAUCGACACAUACAUCUAUUCCAAAACGUGUGCUUAAUGUGGGAGGGAGGGGUAGCCGGGACGCGCGAUCUUUAGAUAUUAAUAGUGAUAACCGCAAACCAGUCAGAGGCAGACGUACAUUAUUAGCUAGAAACGUGCUAGAUUCCAAUGUGGCAGCAGAAUUAGCGUAGAUUUGUUUGUUACCGCGCGGCUACAUGAGGUGAAAUAUACAUCGAAAUGAACUAUUCUGACAGGUGAAAUUUCUGACAGAUUCAGCUAAAGGGUUGGGGAUA